AUGCGCAGGCCGCGAUGCGGCGUCGCGGACAUUCGCGCCUACAGCCCGUUGACGAGAAAGUGGCCGAGGACGCAUCUCACGUGGAACUUCAAACUAGCGAACAGAGAUACUCUGCGCACGACUCAUAGCACGUUCGCUCUGUGGUCCGAGCAAUCCGCUCUGACGUUCUCGCGCGACUCGCUGCGCCCCGAUAUACUGAUAUCCUAUCAAUACGGCGCUCACGCGUACGAGAACAGCGACAACGGGGGCUCGUGCCCGUCGCCGUUCGCGGGACCGGGAUCGGUCGUCGCUCACGUGUUCUUUCCGACGGGAGAGCCCGAUCAAGUGACCGAGACGCUGACGCGCGAGAUCGAUCACACUCUGGAUCUGACUCACAGUAUGAGGGAUGACUCGGUCAUGUACGCGUACACGCCUUCGGAAGAAAGGCGAUAUCCGCUCAGGCUUAGCGUAGAGGACGUCGUAAACGUGCGAAAUCUCUACGGAUCGAGAGAGACGACGACUCCUACGAUCGUCGACGCUACUUCUACGACCGCGGCGACGAUCACGACGACGACGACGGCCUCGACGACGACGACGACGGCCACGGCUCCGCUGACGACCGUGAGAACGGUCGAGCCGCCGCUCGCUCCCUCCGAUACUGCGGAUCUAUGCGCCUUGAAGCGCGUAGACGGAGCGCUAAUCAUGAAUCGUCGCCUCUACGUCAUAUACAACGACGAUAAAAUAGCCGAGAUAAACGACUGCGCGAUGAUCGUCGCGAGGCACGGCGCUCUGCGGGAUACGUUUUCCGGGAUACCACCCACGAUAACGGCCGCCUUCCGCCACGUCGACGGUAAUCUCUAUUUUCUGAAGAAACGCGAGUAUUACGCGUACAGCGAGUUCCUCGACGCGAUAAUCUCGGCUGGUCCCUUCGAUCUUAGCAUACUGGGAAUAGAAUGCCCAGCCGAUGGCAUUCUGCAUCGAUUGAACGAACUCGUCUCCAAGCUGUAUCGUCUGGAAUACGCGUCCUUCGAAAGACCGCGCAACGACGACGACGAUGACGACUAA